GCAAAAGUGAAGUGUGAUGGAUACAAACUCGUCAGGCUAAAACCUGAUUUGGGUCACAUCCAUCUGUGCUUUUUGUACCUUACACUAAAAAAAAGCUUGUUUUCUGUAUUAAAACUUCAUGUCAACGACACUGAUUGAGAGAACACGGCAGUAUCAUGAGGAUAUUGAACUAGGGGAAAAGGUUGCUUCGAGAUUGUUACUUGAACGAUCUAAACGAAAACCGAAAUUUCGACCUAUAUAUGAUCAUGCGAUUCAAGAAACGUUACUGAAUAUUCAAGAAGCUUCAAAACGUGUUUUGGAAAUUUACGCUGAUAAGGAUGAAUUAAGAGCUGAAGAAAUUGCAAUUUUCGGAGGACUUAAAAAAUUCAACAAUGAAGUCGAUAAUGCGGGCGCCAUAAGCAAUGAAAAUGAAACAACUUGUGGUGAUGACUGUCGAGUCGUUUGGCAAAAUUUUUAUGAUCAACUUAAAGUGAUCAAAGAUUUCCAUCAAGCACACACAACACCGUUGGGUGCUGGAAAUCCUAUUUCGAUGGCACAUACCAGUGAUGAUGUUGCAUUAUCAGCAUCUGAAGCCAUAGAAAGAUGUAAUGUUUUGAAAUUAUUUUCAUCAGAAGAGAGUUUAGGUCGACGCGUUGAUAUGGAGAAUCUUUUUCUUGAGUAUACAAAUUUGUCAAAACUUCGCAAAUAUAGAGAAAAAGAUAUGAUUAAUGCGGAAGUUGCUCGACUAAGGAAAAAGAUGAGCACGAAAAAACAGUCUGAAAGUACUACAAAACAGCUAUCUUCUGUGAACUUAUCCAUUGGAGAAACUGAAACAACUUCUACACAACAUAACAUAGCUGACAAUAUUGAGACUAUUGGAGCAACUAUUGUUGUUCAGGAAAUUGAUUAUAUCACAUAUUUGAAAGUUUUUGAUGACUUUCGAUCGAUACCACGCCACUGUAAAUAUCGAGAUCUUGAAUAUGAAGUUUAUAUUGAUAAUCUCUUAAAUUAUCUUAAAGUGUUUUUUCAAAAAAUCAAUCCCUUAAGUAACAAUCUAAAGUUAAUGUCUCACUUGAAAACCCAAUUCACCAAUGCUUGGGCUUCUCAUUCUAUUUCCGGUUGGGAAACGCCUACUCACCGAAUGGCAUUUUAUUGCUUUCCUGCUGAUCGACUUUUCACGAAUGCAUCGAUUUUAAAAAGUUAUUGUCAGGGGAAAAAAUACAGAAAAGAAUUAAGUUUAUUACAACAACUGUCAAUGGGGGAGCAAAAAAAAAAACAAGACGAGUCUGAAAUUUAUGAUAAAUCAUUAGCGGAAAAAGAGUAUUAUAUUCAACGCUUCAAAGAAAUUUUAGGACAUGUGAUACAAUUUACUAUUGAGCAUCUUCAAAAAAAACAAUCUCGUACUUUACGGGAACUGGAAUUAGAAAAUCAAGAGGAUUCCGAUGUUGAAGAGAAAAACGCUCUCGUCGUAAUUCACCAGCCUGUUGAAGCUAAGCUUCAGAGUGAUAGUGAUGAGGAAGGCGACGAUGCAGAAAAACCAGUGUAUAACCCUCUCAAUUUGCCCUUGGGUUGGGAUGGAAAGCCUAUUCCAUUUUGGUUAUAUAAAUUACAUGGACUUGGUGUUGAAUUUAAAUGUGAAAUUUGUGGAAAUUAUUCUUAUUGGGGUCGCCGAGCCUUUGAACGUCACUUUCAAGAAUGGAGGCAUGCAUUUGGUAUGCGGUGCUUGAAGAUUCCUAAUACAGUUCAUUUUAAAGAAAUAACAAAAAUUGAAGAUGCCGUCUUGUUGUACGAUCAAUUAAAAAAAGAAGCGGAACUUCAAACGUUCAAAGCCGAUCAAGAUGUGGAAUGUGAGGAUAUUGAAGGAAAUGUCAUGAGUGCUCGUGCUUUUGAAGAUAUGCAACGUCAAGGACUUAUUUAAAAAUUCACAUUGAAUGAUAUUAAAAAUAUUAUUUUUAAAAUG